UGUUCUAGUACAACGUUGUGAUACAGGUGCUUGGUAAGUUAGACUUCUGUUCUAGUACAACGUUGUGAUACAGGUGCUUGGUAAGUUAGACUUCUGAUCUAGUACAACGUUGUGAUACAGGUACUUGGUAAGUUAGACUUCUGGUCUAGUACAAUGUUGUGAUACAGGUGCUUUGUAAAUUAGACUUCUGUUCUAGUACAACGUUGUGAUACAGGUGCUUGGUAAGUUAGACUUCUGGUCUAGUACAAUGUUGUGAUACAGGUGCUUGGUAAGUUAGACUUCUGUUCUAGUACAACGUUGUGAUACAGGUGCUUGGUAAAUUAGACUUCUGUUCUAUUACAAUGUUGUGAUACAGGUGCUUGGUAAGUUAGACUUCUGUUCUAGUACAACGUUGUGAUACAGGUGCUUGGUAAAUUACAUUCUACUGAGGUAACAUAUGGAAUUGUUUUAAGAUGGUCGGACCAUUAAUCAUUUAGCUAUUUGAUUUUAGGAUUAUUGUAAUUACCCCCCCCCCCCAAAAAAAAAAUAUAUAUAUUUAAAAGGAAAUACACAUAUUUAACCCCUUUUUUUGGGGGGGGGGACUUCUGGUUUAUGGAGUGUAACAUGUAGUUGAUUAACAUACAGAUAGAUAAACAUUAGACAAUAAUAUCGUCCUGUUUGGUUUGAACAAUAAAAUCAACAUUAACAGAACAAUAAAGUUUUCACUUGUCCUUGGUCUUCCAGAUGCUGAGUGCCUGGUGAUCAGUCCUGCCAGGCUGGUGGUGAAGUAUGGAGACCCAGCCUCCUCUAACUGCAGCUCAGAUACCCCUGUAGAGAUGGGCUGGGAAGCCAUCCAGGGAGGGACGGGUCUAACAGACAAGGAGGUGAAAUUCCUACGCUGGAGGGUGGACAGUGUGACUGAAUGGUAUAGCACACCUACAUGCUACACAGAAGGAGGCCUGUGUCAGAAACAGCUGGACAUCACAGUUUAUAAGCUUCCAGACAGUGUCUCCAUCAGCUACAGGAAGUACCCUGAUCCGAUGGUUGAGGGGCAUCAGUACCUGCUGCAGUGUCUUGUCCAGAACAUCGCUCCUAUUGGGAGACUCAGGGUGACCUUCUACAAAGUCUCUACCACUGGUGAACAGACAGAAUUAGACACACAACAGAAAUCCAAGGACACCAUCAAGACACCAGAGAAUGGGACCUACACCCUGGACUUCACCCCUGGUAGAGAUGAUGACAGGGCCCAGUUGUUGUGUUCAGCCAUGUUGGAUCUGGGACCAGAGGGACCACAACCUCCUCCUGUAAUGGACUCAAACCGCCUCAACAUCAACGUGCACUACAAGCCUCAGAUCACUAGGAGUCCUGGAUGUUUCUCCAUGAGCACCACAGAGGGCGACACCUUAUCACUGGCUUGUAGUGCAAAUGCCUCUCCUCUCUCCCUCACCUCCUCCCCUCUCCCAUCUGCCUCUCCUCUCUCCCUCACCUACUCCCCUCUGCCCCUCUCUCCCAUCUGCCUCUACCCUCUCCUCUCUCCCUCACCUGCUCCCCUCUCCCUCUCUUCUCCCUCUACUCUCCUGCCCUCUAGUGGACUACCUGCCCAUCUUUGCAGGGCUGGCUGCAGCUGUGGUGGUGAUCCUCUUGGUGAUCUCCUGUUUCACCUACUCUUCUUACUAUAAACACAGGCGCAUGAGCCAUUAACAGCUGAAAAUCAUGUUGCCACGACGACACAAGAACAAACACGUGGUGCACCACAACGGAAUGGACCAGUCCGUUAUGUAGAGGAGGGGUUGGGGUCAGAGCAUGUGAGCAGAGGUUGGAAAUCCUGAUGAGUGGGUAUGGCUCUCCACGUCCUUUCCUACCGCUCCCUCACAGAAUGGAAGCAAGUCCCCGUAGCAAUGUUCCAACAUCUAGUGGAAAGCCUUCCCAGAAGACUGGAGGCUGUUAUAGCAGCAAUGUUCCAACAUCUAGUGGAAAGCCUUCCCAGAAGACUGGAGGCUGUUAUAGCAGCAAUGUUCCAACAUCUAGUGGAAAGCCUUCCCAGAAGACUGGAGGCUGUUAUAGCAGCAAUGUUCCGACAUCUAGUGGAAAGCCCUCCCAGAAGACUGGAGGUUGUUAUAGCAGCAAUGUUCCAACAUCUAGUGGAAAGCCUUCCCAGAAGACUGGAGGCUGUUAUAGCAGCAUUGUUCCAACAUCUUGUGGAAAGCCUUCCCAGAAGACUGGAGGCUGUUAUAGCAGCAAAGUGGGGACCAACUCCAUAUUAAUGCCCAUGAUUUUGGAAUGAGAUGUUCGUGUCCAUAUACUUUUGGUCAUGUAGUGUAUCUGGUUACACUUGCAGACUGGCGCAUAAUUAAAUACUACACUUCUCAAUUGCAGAUCAUGUUCAUUUCAGUAUUUAUUAACUUGCAUCGUCUAAUUCACUCAGUGAUCAUAAAGUACCAAAUAACAAGAUAUGUGUGCAAAGAAAGCACUAUUAUAUCUGUAUGCACAUGUGUGUGUAGAUUAAUGCAUUUAUUUCGUAUAUAUUUCCCAAUAAAGAACCAUUUUGAAGUA